AAGAUGAAGAAAUGAAGUUGAUGGAUGGAUGGAGUUUGUGGGGGGAACUCAAGAAAGUGCUUUUUACCUUUCCAGUACUUGAAGGAAAUUUCUGCUUCCGGAACGAUUGGAUGUCAGUCAAACGGUUAAAGUUCAAAGUUCAAAGUAAACAUAUGAUCAAAGUACAUCUAAGUUCAAAGUUCAUACAGUGUAUGUUGCCAUUUAAUACUUGAGAUUCAUAUUAUUGCAGGCACUCAGAGUAGAAUACAGAAGUACAACAGAAUCAAUGACAAGCUAUACACAACUAAAGACUAACAAACAACCAAUGUGCAAAAUAAGCCACACUGUGCAUAUAAUUAAAAAAUGCAAAAAAUAAAUAAUACUGAGAACAUGAGUUGUAGAGACCUUGAAGUGGGUCCACAGAUUGUGAAGAUGGGUAAAAUUACCCCCGCUAGUUCAGGUGCCUGAUGAUCGAAUAGUAUUAAGCUGUUCAUGAAACCGAUGGUGUGGGAGCUAUGACCACUAGACCGCCUUCCCAUUGGCCAUAGCGAACAGAGACUUGGCCUGGAUGGUGGGGGCUCUUGAUGAUGGAGGCUGCUUUCUUGUGACAGUGCUCCUUGUAGAUAUGCUCAGUAAUGAGAAGGGAUUUUCCUUCGAUGGACUGGAAUGCAUCUACCAAUUUUGGUAGGAUUUUCUUUUCUUGGGCAUUGGUGUGUCCAUACCAUGCCUUGAUGCAGGAUACUCUCCACUGGGCAUCUAUCGAAGCUUGUCAACAUUUUAGAUGACAUGCUGAAUCUAUGCAAACUUCUAUGAAAGUAGAGGCGUUGUUGUGACUUCUUUUCAAUAGGACAGACACUCUAAUAUUUUAAUACCAAGGAAUUUUAAGUUACUGACAUUCUCAAUCUCUGAUCCCUUAUGGCUCAUGGAUUUUCAGCUUCUUCAGCUUUUUGGUUUUGCUGACGAUGAGUGAGAGGUUGUUAGAAACCUAGAAACAUAGAAAACCUACAGAACAAUACAGGCCCUUCAGCCCACAAGGUUGUGCCGAACAUGUCCCUACCUUAGAAAUUACUAGGCUUACCUGUAGCCCUCUAUUUUUCUAAGCUCCAUGUACCUAUCCGAAAGACUCUUAAAAGACUCUAUUGUAUCCACUUCCACCACCAUCGCUGGCAGCCCAUUCCACACACUCACCACUCUCUGAGUAAAAAACUUACCCCAGAUAUCUCCUCUGUACCUACUCCCCAGCACCUUAAACCUGUGUCUUCUUGUGGCAACCAUUUUAGCCCUGGGAAAAAGCCUCUGACUAUCCACACGAUCAACGCCUCUCAACAUCUUAUACACCUCUAUCAGGUGCUACUACAUGCCUCCAGCAACAAUUAAUAUAGAAUUGAGACAGGUUUUUUAUAAUCAAAUAAACAAUUUAUUAAACUCUGCUCAAUAAAAAUGAAAAGUAAACAAAUGACUAACUUAACAGGAAGUUAACUGCUAUACGGCAACUCGAACAGUUCUUGAAGUGGUAAAUGUGAAUACAGACUUAAAAUGGUAAAUACGAAAGUCCAAGUGAUUUAUACAGUCAAUUAGGAGAGCAUUUCCUGAAGUAACGAUUUCCUCAACAACGUGACGUUACUGCUGAUCCUAGUUGAAAUAUGCCUUGCCUGAAAGAUUCAUGACGAAGGAAAUAAAAACAGCUUAAAUGAACUGUCCUUUUUCUUGGCGAAUAGCACUGCACAACCCCUUCUGCUCUUACAGGCAAGGGUUAUCUCAGAUGCAGGUCACUAUUUCCUUAACGAAGAUCCAACAAGGUUGAUCCUGUAUUAAACCACUGAACUUUACUCGAUUCUUCGGGUUCCCAUACUUCGGUAAUAUCUUCACUCUCCAAUACUUAGACUUUAAAGUUAAGUCAAAGAUACUUCAAACCUAACUGGUAGUGAUUAGCAAAAACUGCCGGCACACCGAUUCUGUACCUUAUAGUAAAAAGUAAAACUCCAUUUUAAAACAAAACUGCGUCAUGAGACCAAAUAGGCAGCAUAACAGAGUAACUGAUGAAUUUAACAACAUCUCAAAACACAAAACUCCUGCAUCACAAAGCAGGCUUUCCAGUUUUAUACCCCUGUUAAGAACAAGUCAUCACGUGACCACUCUCUGGUGGGAAAUUACAUCACCCCACCAUCACAAGACCAUUACAUCAUCCUCACCAGAUACUCAAUUACGUCAUUGUCAUAAGACAGUCACAAGAUACUCACGGGGUACGUAACCUCUCAUCCUCCAUCACUCCAAGGAGAAAAGGCCGAGUUCACUUAACCUAUUCUCAUAAGACAUGUUCCCCAUUCUAGGCAACAUCCUUGUAAAUCUCCUCUGCACCCUUUCUAUGGCUUCCACAUCCUUCCUGUAGUGAGGUGACCAGAACUGAGCACAGUACUCCAAGUGGGGUCUGACCAGGGUCCUAUAUAGCUGCAACAUUACCUCUCGGCUCCUAAAUUCAAUUCCACGAUUGAUGAAGGCCAAUACACUGUACGCCUUCUUAACCACAGAGUCAACCUGCGCAGCUGCUUUGAGCGUCCUAUGGACUUGGUCCCCAAGAUCCCUCUGAUCAUCCACACUGACAAGGGUCUUACCAUUAAUACUAUAUUCUGCCAUCAUAUUUGACCUAGCAAAAUGAACCACUUUACACUUAUCUGGGUUGAACUCCAUCUGCCACUUCUCAGCUCACUUUUGCAUCCUAUCAAUGUCCCGCUGUAACCUCUGACAGCCCUCCACACUAUCCACAACACCUCCAAACUUAGUGUCAUCAGCAAACUUACUAACCCAUCCCUCCACUUCCUCAUCCAGGUCAUUUAUAAAAAUCACGAAGAGUAAGGGUCCCAGAACAGAUCCCUGAGGCACUCCACUGGUGACCAACCUCCAUGCAGAUUAUGACCCGUCUACAACCACUGUGGGCAAGCUAGUUCUCGAUCCACAAAGCAAUAUCCCCUUGGAUCCCAUGCCUCCUUACUUUCUUCAUAAGCUUUGCAUGGGGUACCUUAUCAAAUGUCUUGCUGAAAUCCAUAUACACAAUGUCUACUGCUCUUUCUUUAUCAAUAUGGUUACUCACAUCCUCAAAAAAUUCAAUCAGGCUCGUAAGGCACGAUCUGCCCUUGACAAAACCAUGCUGAGUAUUCCUAAUCAUAUCUCCAAAUGUUCAUAAAUCCUGCCUCUCAGGAUCUUCUCCAUCAACUUACCAACCACUGACGUAAAACUCACUGGUCCAUAAUUUCCUGGUCUAUCUCUACUCUCUUUCUUCAAUAAAGGAACAACAUUCGUAACUCUCCAACCCUCUGGAAUCUCUCCCGUCCUUUGUUGUCAUGACAUCAUUCAACCAGAUCACAAUCUCCCUCCUAUAUGCCGAUUCGUCACCACAUUUGCAUUGGCCAACAACAGUGGUGUCAUCAGCAAUAUGGCAUUGGAACUGUGCUUAGCCUCACAGUCAUAUGUAUAAAAUGAGUAGAGCAGAGUGCUAAGCGCACAGCACAUGGUGCACCUGUGAUGAUGGUGAUUAUGGAAAAUAAAUGAAUGCCAAAUCAAUAUGACUAUGAUUUAAGUUCAGAGAAAUGUAGUGGUGAAGUGGAGCUGGGUGAUGUCAGUACAAAUGAGAAAGAGACAUUGGCCAAGAAAUUCUAAUGUACAAUUCUAUGGGAAGUGGGUUCAGAGGUAACUUAAUCAAAAUUCCAGUAUCGUAAGAGCUUUAAUGUUUAGAUGAAAAUAAAAUAUUACCAUCUGAUGUGAAGGAAAACCUGGUGACCAUAAUUGCAAGAUUGUCAGCAGAUCCCUUGGGUGGUCAAAGUCUCAAGGAUUGGGAUGUGGGUUUCAUAUUGCUUUUGUUUUGUAAGAAAAAACAAAUCUUUUUCAUUAUUGGGGAAAUCUCUAUCCUAAAUAUAACAUUUUAAACUGACUAGAGUGCUGGUUCUGAAUUUUGGAGCCUUGACUGUCUAGUUUGAAACUUAAUUGAAGUUAAAUGGUCUACAAUAUAAUGAUAAAACUGAUUAACACACACAAAAUGCUGGAGGAACUCAGCAGGCCAAGACCUCCUCCAGCAUUCUGUGUGUGUUGCUCGGAUUUCCAGCAUCUGUAGAUUUUCCCUUGUUUAUUAGGUGUGAUUGAGAUUUGUGGGCAUUCUCUAUCACAAUCCCAUUCAAAAUUCGGAAAGGAUUUGAAUGGUGGGGUGUUCUUCUGCCCCUCAGAUACCCAUUUUAUAAAUUAAAUGACAACGGAAUGGAAAUCCUAAUGUGUAGUACAACAUUUUUGUGCUUUACACAAUGGAACUUCUUGUACUUUGUGCAACAGUGGGACACAUAUUGAAACUACAUUUGUAUUACUUUAGAGUGUGCUUGUCAUGCACAGUGGUGUUAAAUGGCAUGAAAUACCAGCUAUAGAUUACUUCCAUGUAAUACUACCAGGCUUGCGAAAGCUAUGAUUACUGUGGGCUCAGACUCUGAAGUAGGAAUUAGUCGAGGUGUGAAUGUAUGUAUUCCUAGACUUAACUCUGUCUGGUCAUUUCAGGAGUCAAAGACAUCUAUCUUUCUCCAGGAAGAUACAUCAGUAUUUUAAUGGUCGCUAAGAUGGCAGUGCCUAGGAUGCAGCAGCCACUCAGGGUCCAACCAAAUGAGUAACUGUUCGCCCUUUACAUCUUGUCUCAUGUUCGCAAGACAAUGCUGGAUAUUAAGAAAAUCAAAUAUUGCAGGUCUACCCAUCAGUGUGUUGUUCGAUAGUGAUGGAACUGAACUUACUGCAUAGCAUUGUUGUAUGGUUACCUGAACUUGUUGCAUACUGCUGUUGUGCCAAGGCAGUGUGCAGUCCAACAAAUGAUGUAAAUGAUUGCUUUGGAUGUUAUUCUUAUGAUUGCAUGACCCUUUUGGACAUUGGUAAUGUGGAAUACUGUAAAUCCAAUUUCCAGUUUCCUUGGUGAAAUCAAUGGUGGGUUAUCUGCAUUGCCUCCGUUGUGGUGCAGACUAGUCCCUUAUGUCACAGGGUCACCCAAAGGUGGAGAUGCCUGAGGUCAUAUGGGAGAGAGCAGAAGCCUUGUGCAUGCACUGGAAUCCAUGCUAGGUUGUGGUUUGGCUCCUCCCGCUGGUGCUGUUCCCUAGUCUUGCUCAAUGCUGUCCUCCAGUGUUUGCUCAGUGGAGAAACAAAAUGGAGCAGGACAACAUCAAGCUACAGACCAUGCCACUUGGAGACUUAGGCCAUAUUAUUUUUUUUGCGACUUUAUGGCUGCCUGCUAUCAUAACCAUGUGUGAUGUGUACUGUGUGCUGUUGGUAAUCUGUUUUACUCCUUGGCUCCAGAGGAACACUGUUUCUUUUGGUUAUAUUCAUGUAGAAUGACAAUGGAACUCAAACUUGAACUUGACGUUGAACUUUUACUCAGGGAAAUGGAAUCAAAAACUUGAUAGCAUUGAUAUAAGGUGAAAGAGAAAGAUUUUAAAGAGACCCGGGGGCAACUUCUCUUCACACAGAGGGUGGUGUGUUUAUGGUAUGAGCUGCCAGAGCAAGCUGUUGAAGGCUGUUUAGAACACAUUUAUAUAACAGUAGGAAAUGUUGAGAGGGAGAUGGGAGAAAAACAGGCAAAUGUGAAAAGCUUAGGUGGUCAUCUUAGUUGGCAUGGAACGAUUAGACUGAAGACACUGUUCUAUGAAUCUAAGACUCUGUUAAUAAAGUCACUACCCCAAACCAAUCUCCCAAAUGCUAAACCAGCUGACCAUCCACCCCUAGUAAUUUUUCUCCAUCAUUACCAACCCAAUAUCUAAAGCUCUACCCUCUCAUCUCCAGUGGUACUCCCACUUUUCACCUCUUCCCACUGCGCUUGUGUCAUUCAUGUCCCCAUGUUCCUAAUUCUCUCACAGCCUGACCCUCUCAGGCCACUCAUACCCACACAGUCGUCCUUCCGAUAAAUGGCCCUACACCACACACACACACACACACACACACACACACACACACACACACACACACACACACACACACACACACACACACACACACACACACACACACACACACACCUCCACUCCUUUCUUUCACUCUCCUAGGUUUUGGUGUGUUUUUGGGCCUAAACAUCCCUGGAGUCACAGUUAAUGCGGCCUCAGUUCCAACAGGUGGUGAUAUUGAACAGUUUUUGUAUCUUUAUAUUAAUUGAGGGAUAGAUAUGAGUCAGAUUUCUGAGGAAAGUGCCUCUGCUUUGAAGUGCUACCGUUAGAUCUUUAGUUAAUAUAUCAUUCACUGUUAGCAGUUGGUUUCAGCAAUUUGUUUGAGAUUAUUUAUACUAUUUUUUUCUCUGUGUGAUACUGCCAACUGUGUUUCCGUCUGCCAUUUCAUUGGAGUUUGAACAUAACUGAUAAUUAAAAAGUGGACUCAUCCCAUUCAGUAAGUCAUGGCAUGUGUGGACAAUUAUGUUCAGGAGAAAAACCACAGUUAUGAAAUCAAUUGUAAGAUUACAUGUUUUAUAAUCAGCAGUAGUUUCCAAAUUAGAGUCCAGUUGAUUUUUCAUUGUCGUUCCACCUUUCUUGACAACCAUCAAAGAAAAUUGCUUGUUUGUUUACGCGUGUAUAUUUUGGAUGCAGCUUUUUAUUUGAAUAAACAGACAUUUCAAUGCAGAAAUGAGGACUGUUCUCAUGUUACUCUAAACCAACAUGACCAAUAUCUUACUAAUUGUCAUUCAUCAGAUUGCAGUCACAGGAACCUAGGUUGCAUAAAAAUUCCUGUAGUGUUUGCCUUCAUACCACCAGGGAUUAAACUGAAAUGUAAGAAAGUAGUAAAAUGCUUUGGUAUCCUAAAGACAUGAAUAAGAAUACAGGAAUGUAUUUACAAAAGAUUAGUAUAGUGUAGGAUUAUGUUUCCCAGACUGUGAAUGUGCAGAGUCCUCAACAAAAUUAAUCUGUAGCUGAUUCCAUCCAGAAGUACAAUGAGAGCUUCAAGUUUACUUCUCUAUACUGCAAAGUAAUUUAAGCUUGUUUCUCUACCUCUUUCAGUUUCAUACCCCACAGCAGAUUGAACACACUGAGCAAAUGGCUUUCCAACUUGCUACCAUGGCCACAUGUUAGCUAAUUCUGUCCACUCAAAUGAUGUCCUCAUCUGUUGCCUUCAAUCAUCCCUCAAAACAAUCCUUGCCCCAUAUGUAAUCUGUUAUUCAUCCAAAAGACACUUACUCUUCUUUUCCCUCACAAAUUCAAGACCAGCUUUCCUAAAUGUCAGAGUAUGAAUCCUUUCAGUUGGAGGAAUCUGUCCGUGCAGCAUCAAAGUGGCUGCAAUUAAAUAAUAUCCUACUUAGUGUUGAUAAUGAUAAAUCAUCAGAUUUCAGACUGGUUCAUGAACCCAUGAACAUUAUCUCACCAUUUAGCUCUUAUUUUUGCACUUUUUAAAUAUAUUUCUUGUUGUAACGUAGUAUCAUGUUAUUUAUUGAACUGUCCUGCUGCCACCAAACAAUGAAUUUCUUGACAUAUGUCUGUGAUAAUAAACCUGGUUCCUAAAGAAGAGUCUCAGCCCAAAACAUUGACAGUUUAUUCAUUUCCAUAGAUGCUGCCUGACCUGCUAAGUUCCUCCAACACUUUGUGUGUGUUGAUUUGGAUUUCUCCAGACUUACUCAUGUUUAAAACCUGAUUCUGAUUCUAAUUAGCUUCCCAUCUUUAAAAUCUGUCUGGAUUACUUGAGAUGAUGAAAAAAAUAUCUUCCAUUGCCACCGCUCCAUUAUCCAAGUCAGUGGGGCAACACUUUUCUCGUUCUUUUCUUUAAAAAAUAUACCCUGUAAUAAUUCUAUCGCUGAUGUCUUUCAAAGUCUUGCCCGUUGAACUUUUCCCUUCUCAUCCACCUAAUUCACCUUGGUGAAGCCAUCUGAAAACACAUUUGGAAAGUUGCUAACGUCCUCUUUGCCUCCAACUGCAUCUGUAACCAGAAGAGAGCCAACUCUUCCAUCUAAAUAGUGGGUAAAUUGAGGCCAUUAUUUUUAUAGUCACUGACUAUUAUUCUGCCCAGCAGUUUGCUGAAUCUAUUCUAUCAGCAUUGGUAUCAAAGUGAGUCCAGGCAUAUGUUUAAAAACAUGUAUUUAUAGGAUUAUCACAACUGUCUUUUUCCAUCUCCAUUAUGUCAUCUGAUUCCAGCUCUAUUGCAACAACACGUCUGUGCACUUACCAGCUCUAGACUUGGCUCUUUAAGUGUUAUCCUUGUCCAGCUUCUCCCAUCUAAUCUCUAUAAAGCCCUUCCAGAUACUUGCUUAGUGAGUCUUUAAUGAGAGGCACCAUAUUUCAAUAAAGUCCCUUCUCACUCUCCUGAACUCCAGUAGAAAAAAACAUAGUCUAUCCAGGUUUCACCCUGAUGCAGCCCGCCCACUGGAGCUAUCACUCUAACUAUUUUCCCCUAAAUUGGUACAUAAGCAUCCUUUCUUAAACAAGGGUCUAUACAAUACUGGAUGUGCACAAUACUCCAGAUGUGGAGUUAUUUAUGGUAAAUUAGUCAAAUGGUAAAUUGGUUUAGAAUUGACACACAUACUGUGAUUUAGUGAAAAAGAAUUGUCUUGCACACCAUUCAUUAUAACAGUGCACUGAGGUAUUAUAAGGCAAAAACAAUAACAAUGCAGAAUAAAGUCACAGAGAAAGUGCAGUGCAGGUAAUGAGCUAGAUUGUGAGGUAAAGAGUCCAUCUUAUGAUAUUAAAGAACCAUUCAAUAGUCUUUUAUAACCGAAGUAUAACCUGUCUAUAUCCUUUGUAGCUUCCCUGUGUCCCCCUGUGUUCUUUUUAUAAUUUAUGUUCUUUUUGAUCUUUGUGCCAUUGCCAAAUUUGGCAGUCAUAUCUUAGGUGUCUUUUUCUAAGUAAUUCUUAUAAAUUGUCAGACAUUGAGGCCUCAGUACUGAUCAUGUAGCAUAUCACUCAUCUUGCUUAUAAUCAGGAGCCGUUUAUGCAUUCUCUCUGUCUUCUAGUGGACAGCUAAUCUUCAUCCAUGAUUAACAGGCUACCUCCUACACGAGGAGCUUUUAAUUUUAGCAAUGACCUUAGAAAUGACACCUCAUCAAGCUUCGACUGGAAAUAAAAUGCCUAUUACAGGAGUUCUCCGGGGUCCAUGGACCCCUUGCUUAUUGCUCCCAGCACUGACAGCCACAUCAUUGUACUCUCAGCUCCCUGGGCCUUCAUAAUUUUCCCCCUCGCACUUCCUGCCUCCACUCUUGUGAUGGCCUCUUUAGAAUUUGUUAGUAGUAGACUCUAACCCGAUCCUGAGCUGUCUUCUUUCAGUCAAGGCAACCUCUCUGAUAAAUUCCAUCCACCUUCUACGCCUUGCUUCCAUUUCCUCAAACCUCAGCUGCUUCUGCCAGAAUGUGUUUACAUGUUCUCCUGUGCUAGCUCUGCAAUAGUGAACUCUGAGGAGGGAAAGCCGAGUGUACACAAUGCUAAAUGCGAUUCUAUUAAUAUACUUCUUGCGGAUGGAAUAAUUUCCAACCAUGAGGCACAAAAUUUCUAUUUUGCAAAAAGUUAGAGAUUACUUCACCAGCCGAACAACAUUUUUCAUAGCUGCCAAAACUGAUCAGUAGUGUAUGGAUUAGAGCUGUUAGGACUGUUACGAAUGUGCCACAACUCUGAGGGGCCGAAGGGUACAAAAAGGGUUUCCUUUUUGAGAAUCGCAAGAUCGCUAUUAAUUCGGGUCUGGGACCCAGGAAAUGAGAGAGAAUCCACAAGGUUUGGAAUGUGUCCUGGCCUCAGUGAAACAAAAACCCCUGAUAACAGCUAUUGUCUCUUGGAGACGGAAUUGUGUAUUGAGUACUGUACUAUUCAUUGAAGCCCUCAGGGGACGACCAGAGUGGGCUGGUUGAGGGAUUGCAUCAUCCCAACCUGAUUGACAUCUGAGACCCUGUGAGUAAGGAUAAAAGAGGGUCUGGGGAACAACCCCUUCAGACGCACCAGGAGAAACACUGGAAAUCCAGUGACAGCGUUUUAUAGCAAAAGCCAGUGGGGCCCGUGUGCGUCCUCCCUUGCCUGGGUUGGCGGGCUCACCAUGGAAGAACGGCUUAGCUAAAGGAGAGGCCACAAGUGAACGGCCACACCAACAAGACUCUGACGGAUCAAAAUCAUAAAAAAGAAAGCCAGCAAGUUUCUCCAAAUCUCUCUCUCUCUCCAACCAAAGGCUGCAGCCUGCAUGAACUGAAUGACUUUUAUAUUUCCAUCGGACAAUACAUUAUCCCCUAGACAAUGAUAGAGCUAUUUCUUAUUGAUUAUUAUUAUACCCGCACUUCUAGAUUUAGUAUUGACGACGUAUAUUAUCUGUAUGUUUGCUUUGAUAUUAUUUUUGUGUAUUUUUAUUAAUAAAUACUGUUAAAAAUAGUACCAUCAGACUUCAACGGACCUCUCUAUCUUUGUUGGUAAGUGACCCAGUUACAGGGUUCGAAACAAAGUGGGGGCCUCGUCUCAAGAUUUGAUACCAAAUUGGAGGGCCAGUGAAUCAGGCUUGUAAGUCCAAAUGUGGGUCUGGUUGCGUGGGUAACCAGAUGGGAAACCAGUAAAGAUGGACGUGGUGAAUUUAUAGAAAACCCGACUCUGGAGGUGCUAGAGGCAACCACAAAGUCGGACUUGAUAAACAUUGCAAAAGGACUAAAUCUCGCAGAGGUGAGGUUGUCGAUGAAAAAGCGGGAGGUGAGGAGGGCCAUAACUCAGUAUUAUAUUGUGAAGAAUGUGUUUUUGGCUGACGUAUUGGAAAAUAUCCCUGAAAAGGUACCUGCUAGUGGGACAGCUCAGUUGGAGAAAUUGAGGCUGGAUGCGGAACAGAGGAAGAAGGAGCAUGAGGUCCAGCUAAAGGAGUUAGAGGUGAAAAGGGAGAAGGAAAGAGCUGAAAAAGAGCAGGACAGAGCUGAGAAGCAGAGAAGGCAUGAGAGUAAGUUAAAACAGCUGGAAGCAGCUGAAAAGGAGAAAGAAAGGAGCGAAAAAGAAAAGGAAAGGGUCAAAAAGUUGAAGGAAAGAGCUGAGAAGGAGAGGGAGAGAGCUGAGAAGGAGAGAGUAUGAGGAGAAAGAGAAACAGAGGCAACAUGACUUGGACAUGGAGAAGUUAAGGCAAGAACGAAGAGCUCAAGGGUCAGACCGAGAGGAGCAGUUUAAUGUUAGUUGGGAGUUGAGGGUAGUACCUUCGUUCGAGGAGACGGAUGUUGAUAGUUAUUUCUUGCAUUUUGAAAAGGUGACAGUGAGUCAGAAGUGGCCCAAAAGCAGUGAGUGGCGUUGUUACAAAGUGUGUUAAAAGGGAAGGCACAACGGGCAUAUGCGGCGUUGUCCAUGGAGGAGGAAGAGUCAGAGAAUUAUGAGAAAGUAAAGGAGGCCAUUCUUUGGACCUAUAAAUUGGUACCUGAGGCCUAUAGACAAAAGUUCAGAAAUUCAAAGAAAGGGUGGAAUCAGACAUAUACAGAGUUUGCCUAUGAGAAGGGUGUGCUCUUGGAUCGUUGGUGUGCAGCAGAAUUGGUAGAAGAAGAUUUUUGGUGUCUCAGGGAGUUAAUUCUGAUUGAGGAAUUUAAAGGUUGUGUUUUGGAUGAUAUCCGGAUGUAUUUGAAUGAGAAGCCGAAUAAGUCCAUCUCCAAAUUUGCUAGGUUCGCAGAUGAAUAUGCCCUAACCCACAAGACAAAGUUUUCCUUGAAUAAAAGUUACCAGAGAGACCGUGGGAACGGUAGAGAAAGCCCGCCGUCUGAGGCAGAGAUUCAGCCGGGAGCUAGAGGUAAAAUUAAGGAGGAGGAAAGGCAAGACGGCAGGAGAGGUCCUGGCUUGACCUGUUUUAAUUGUGGAAAGGUGGGUCAUAUUGCAUCUAAGUGCCUUGCUCCGAGGAAGGAGACAGGAAAAUGGAAAGCAGCAGUCCCUAAAGGAUGUGUUGUGGUGAUCAGUAAAUCGAUGAGAGAGCCCCAGGUAGACAGAGUACUAGAAGGGUCUGAGAAAUGUAUUUCAGAAGGAACCGUGUCUGUGAGAGAGGGAGACUCACCAGUUCCAGUACGGAUCUGGAGAGACACGGGAGCUGAGCUGUCAUUGAUUAGCAGUAAGGUACUGGAUUUUGGUCGCAAGACUGGAGGGGUGGCUUUGAGAGGCAUAGGAAAAGGGACAGAAGCGGUGCCCUUGCAUAGGAUCAUUAUAAAUUGUGAGCUGGUAUCUGGACCAGUUGAAAUAGAGGUGCAAUCAGAAUUUCCGAGAACUGAUGUAGACAUCCUUCUGAGUAACGAUUUAGCUGGUGGUGAAGUCUGGUCGGCCAUGGAGCUGCCGAGCCAGCCUGUAAGUGUUGAGGACCCGCCCCUAGAUUCCAAGACCUAUCCUGCAUGCACGAUCACUCGCAGCAUGUCGAGAAAGGCAGCUGAGAACGAGACCAGUUUAAAUCCGGCUAGUAUCGAUUUGGCCGAGAUGUUUUUACCGACUCUGUACCAAGCGGAGUUAGAGGGUGGUAAAACGGAGAAUAGGAAAGUGAAAGAGAGUAAGAGAGAGGAUGUAGACCUGCCCUUAGCCAGGAGGAAAUUUAUAGAGGCACGGAGUAAAGAUGAGAAACAGAUAAGGCUGUUAAAAGGUCCAGGGUUGGACAUGGAUGAUCUGUCUGGUUUGGCAGAACUGUUUGAAGAAGUUGAAAAUUCUAAAAGUGUUCCCGAUAAUGAAAUGAGGGCAGUCCUAGAUGAAAAGGAUGCCACUACUUUGAAGAAGUCUGCUGGGUUGGCAGAUGAGGUUGUUUCAGCCCGCGAGGUUGAGUUUACUCCGGAAGGGAGUUGCCCAGAGAGUAACUGGGAGGAUCAGGGGAAUUUAGAAUUUGAACCGGGUACGGGUAUUGAAAGCUUGGAAGAGGCAGAUGUCCCAUUUGAGUGUGUCCAAGAUGUGGAUGCACGUGGUACUGAACCUAAUAAUGGAGCUCAGAAAAAGUCUGAGGUAUUUGAUUCAGUCGAAAAGGAAUGCAGUCCUUGUGGGUCAGAUGGACUUGGUUCAGUGAAGAAAGGGUUAACCUUGGUAAUAGUGGGAAGUGAGAAUUCCCAGUUGUUUGUGCUCGAAGGUGUGUUAAACGUUAGUGAGGAGAUGAAAGGUGGUGAGGUGAAUAUUAUUAUUGAAGGAAAAGGGAAAAGUGUAGUUCCUAAAUUGAAUGAAGAAAAUUUAAAGUCUGUAUUGGUGUCAGAAGCAGUAACCAGGCUACAGAGACAAUGGCUUGGUAACACGAUGCCUGCGACUCAAUUACAGGUUGAUUUGGAAUGUAAAGGUGCCCCACACGCUAUUGUUAUUCAAGAGUGUGCUUUGAAGAGGCAAAAUUUGAAAUGGUGUUUGGACAAAGAGGGGUCACUUGCAGAGUUUAAACUGAAAACUCAUGCUAACAACUUACUUAAAAUUAAAGAAUUGUGUGGAAAUUCGGAAAAUGGUCUAAGUUUGGAACACAUUGUUGAUAAAAUAACUCCUAUGAAAGGAGCAUGCAAAGGCCUAUUCCACACUAGUAUACAAGUUAACCACGUGGGAGUUAACUGGAAAAGGGGCGAGGGUUGACAGGAUGCCAUUUUAAAUAACAGGAUCCGGUUUUAAGGGAUUUCGACAAAGCAUGUGAAUAAUAAAGACAACCCCCAUGGAAGAUUGACUGUUAAGUUUGAAAGUAACUUGGUAUUUGCAUGAACUUUUGUAGUAUACACGUAAGCUAAGAUCACAACUCUUUAGUUUUUGUUUGCUGAAGAAAAGAAAUAAAAAUAAGUGGUUAGCAAAUUGGAGUCUGAUGCUUCAAGAAUUUAUUAAGGUACAAGAUGUUAACGUAUUAAAGGAAGUGAGAAUGUAAUCGUUAACUGUUUAGAUGCUGAAUUGAAUGUAUAACUGUAUUACUCUGUAGUGAAAAAAAAACUCUUUUGUAUUGUGUUAGAUUCUAAAAUCCUGUAAGACUCUGUAUUAAUUCAUUUUUACCAAUGGUAAAAAUCUUUGAAGGAAGGGGGUGUUACAAAUGUGCCACAACUCUGAGGGGGCGAAGGGUACAAAAAGGGUUUCCUUUUUGAGAAUCGCAAGAUCGCUAUUAAUUCGGGUCUGGGACCCAGGAAAUGAGAGAGAAUCCACAAGGUUUGGAAUGUGUCCUGGCCUCAGCGAAAAAAAACCCCCUGAUAACAGCUAUUGUCUCUUGGAGACGGAAUUGUGUAUUUAGUAGUGUACUAUUCAUUGAAGCCCUCAGGAGAUGACCAGAGUGGGCUGGUUGAGGGAUUGCAUCAUCCCAACCUGAUUGACAUCUAUGACCCCGUGAGUAAGGAUAAAAGAGGGUCUGGGGAACAACCCCUUUAGACGCACCAGGAGAAACGCUAGAAAUCCAGUGACAGCGUUUUAUAGCAAAAGCCAGUGGGGCCCGUGUGCGUCCUCCCUUGCCUGGGUUGGCGGGCUCACCAUGGAAGAACGGCUUAGCUAAAGGAGAGGCCACAAGUGAACGGCCACACCAACGAGAUUCUGACGAAUCAAAAUCAUAAAAAAGAAAGCCGGCAAGUUUCUCCAAAUCUCUCUCUCUCUCCAACCAAAGGCUGCAGCCUGCAUGAACUGAGUGACUUUUAUAUUUCCAUCGGACAAUACAUUAUCCCCUAGACAAUGAUAGAGCUAUUUCUUAUUGAUUAUUAUUAUACCCGCACUUUUAGAUUUAGUAUUGACGACGUAUAUUAUCUGUAUGUUUGCUUUGAUAUUAUUUUUG